CCGGCCACGUGGGCGUUCUUUGUCUGCCACGUUCCGAGGUUGGUUGCCGCGGCCGACCCAUGCAAUUGUGGUCCUCAGCACUUCCAGACGCACGUCUGUGGAGUUUUUCGCCGAGUCCGGGGGUAUGGAGUUGACAGCGGCGCCUCUCCGGCCUCGAGGGUUACGUCAGUCGUUCGAGGACGAUGGGACCAAAGAGCGGUUCAGCAUGCAUCACGGGCGACUGCCGAGUUGAGGCGUCCACAUUCAGCCGCCGAGCCGUUUGCAAGCUCCGCCCGCAGCACCAGUUCGUAUCUGACGAUCUGCUCCAGCCUGAUGUCUGUCUCCCAGAUGAACAAAUCUCCAACGCGGAGAUCCUGUCCGCGACCGCGUAAUCGCUAAGAAAGUCAAGCCGCUAGACUGUCUAGGAGCACCCAGCGCUCGACUCGCCGCGCAAGCCAUAGGGCGCUCAGCUCACGACACUCGCUUUCCACGCGUGUGAUGUUGGACGACCAUGUCCAGCGCCGGAGACUCCAGCGGCGGCGCGCGCAGACGGCGCUCAGCGUCCUACGAUGACGACGGAUUAACAGCGUCUGCCGCCGAGACACCCGCCCCACCGCAUGCGACUGAAGGUACACGAGAGAUUGCUGACGACAAUGAACCUGCGCGAACCUCGGCCGUCGAAGGCGCUGCUCGACCGACGGCGCCUCGUCUCUCCUCGCAACGAGUGCGCUUCUCGACCGACACCGAACAAUAUGUGCCUGCGCAAAGGUCGAGUCUGGCACGCAACAGAGCAUCGGUCGAUGGAUUCGCUGAGACCGGGACGGGCUCGGCCACAGGAGAACAACCUGGUGCCCCCAACCUGAGUCUCGACACGCAUGGGCUGCAAUCCGCGGGACCCGAGGGUUCCGGCAACAUUACAUCUUCGCAGACAUCGCCAUUACAACCACUCCCUGUAGGCCAGACCUCGCCGCUCUCAUCCAAGUCUCGCAACCGAGGCCUGUCCAUGCGGAGUGCUCUCUUUCGAAGGAAUUACACAGACCAAGCGCAACCUCCAGCAAGCAUUGAGUUGAACGAGAACGUUGGCAGCUCGCAGGGCGAACAAGGGCAGCCGCGAGUAUACAACAACAAGGACGCACUAAAGAGUGGGGACACCGUUGUAUCCGUCACUCCUGCACAGAUUGAAUAUGUCUCGGAGGCGUCAGGCUUGUCCAAAGCAAAGCUGGGCAAAGGGCCAAUUGCCCUACCACAGUACAACAAUCCGAGCAAAAGUAAGGGGGCCAAAUGGUCAUCGUACAAGAAGCAAAUCCGCGAAUACGCAGUACAGACACGAAAGUUCAUACUGCGACAGCAUGAUAUACUGCCCAGCAAAGAUGGCAGACACAUACUCUUGGAUCCCUCCCGGAAGGAACCGCUGAUCGACGAACGUACUUCACAACCCUAUGUGCAAAACUGGAUCCGGUCGACACGAUACUCAGCCUGGAACUUUGUCCCGCGUCAACUGGUGGCUCAAUUUUCCAAACUCGCCAACUUUUACUUUCUUGUAAUUUCUAUUCUGCAAAUGAUACCCGAUCUCAGUACUACUGGAAGGUACACCACUAUUGUGCCGUUGCUGUUUUUUGUUACUCUCUCCAUCGCCAAGGAAGGCUACGAUGAUUUGAGAAGAUACCGACUCGAUAAGGCAGAGAAUAGGCGGGAGGCAAAGGUCCUGCGAGCAAACGCGUCGCCUUUGCCACCAUUUAAGAGCGGUUCGACGGACGACGGAAGUUUGUCCUCUCCCGAACCCGAGGUUUUGGUGUGGGAAAUCAUCAAGUGGCAGGAUAUCCAGGUCGGAGAUAUCGUCAAGCUGGAUCGCGACGAUGCCGCGCCAGCAGAUCUCGCUUUACUGCACUCCAGUGGAGAGAACAGCGUGGCUUUCGUGGAGACCAUGGCCCUGGACGGCGAGACCAACUUGAAGAGCAAGCAGACAACGGCAUCCAUGUCCAAGAUCAUCAAGACCCAGGAGGACGUACUCAGGACUGAAGCCGAGUUCGUCAUUGAGGACCCGAACCGUGACCUGUACAGUUUCGAGGGCCGAGUGAAUGUGGGUGGUAGUCAAGCGCCGCUAACAUUGAACGAAAUCAUCUUCCGAGGCAGUAUUCUCCGAAACACUCCAGAUGCUAUUGGACUUGUCAUCUAUUCUGGCGAGGAGUGCCGCAUCCGCAUGAAUGCCAAUAAAAACCCGCGCAUCAAGGCUCCUGCACUACAAGGCUUCGUCAAUCGUAUUGUCAUCCUCAUCGUCUUCUUCGUCAUUCUGCUUUCCGUCUUCAACGCCGUGGCAUAUAAGAUAUGGCAGAGUACAGAGCGUAAGCUGUGGUACCUGUCUGGCUCCUCGGUCGCCUUCUUCCCAAGUUUCACAUCGUUCAUAAUCAUGUUCAACACCAUGAUCCCUCUAUCGCUAUACGUCAGUCUGGAAAUCGUGAAACUAGCGCAGAUGUUCUUCCUGCACACAGACAUCGACAUGUGGGAUCCAAUAUCAGACACGCCCUGUGAGCCGCGAACCUCAACCAUCAACGAAGAGCUUGGACAGAUCAGCUACAUUUUCUCCGACAAGACCGGUACUCUCACAGAUAACUCGAUGAAGUUCCGCAAGAUGAGCAAAAAGAGCGAGCGCUCAUCAAGGGACCUUUUGUCUGAAGAGCACGGCAUGGCUGCGCUUGCUUCAGACGAACGGACGGGUGCCGAGGAGACGACGAGUGCGAAAUGGCAGUCAACGACAAACCCGCAUAAGACAUGUCGAGAGCUUCUGACCGGCGACAUGCUUCGUUACGUUCAGCGAAAACCUCAUACUCCCUUUUCAAGGAAGGCACGCAUGUUUCUUCUCUCGCUGGCGCUCUGCCACACCUGCCUGCCGGAGGUCCAAGAGGACGGUGAAACACAUUUCAUGGCUUCGUCCCCUGACGAGCUUGCUCUUGUUCAAGCGGCUCAGGAUAUGGGUUUCCUUCUCAUCAAUCGUGAUGUGCACACCAUUACUCUCAAAAUCUUGCCUGCUGGGUCAGGGGGUGAACCGGUUCUCGAGAAGUACGAGGUUCUCGAUGUCAUUGAGUUCUCCAGCAAACGGAAGAGAAUGUCGAUUAUCCUUCGAUUCCCGGACGGGCGGGUGUGCAUCAUCUGCAAAGGUGCAGACUCAAUCGUUUUGCAGCGGCUCAAGCUAGCCGCGCUUGCAAACAAGAAGAUGGUCGAGAUUGAGCGUAUCGCGAAUAAAAGAAAGAGUAUGGAGGUCCAAUCAGCUAUUGCCCGUAUGAGCGAGCAGAUCGAGAGGAAGAGCAGCAUCGGUGGCCGCAGGAGUAUGUCAGUUGCACAAGCCGCCCGCGCAAGCAUGAGCAUGGGCAGGCACUCGAUCGCUCGAAGCAGCAUGGGUGCUCGGCCUUCAAUGUCGACAAGAGACGAGGUAGAUCAGUGGUUGACAGAGCGGGAGAACGAUUUCGGACGUCGUCAUAUCGAAGAGACUGUAUCCCCUGCACUGACGCCCCGCCCAUCAGACCUUGGGCGGCUUUCCUCCGUGGCAUCAUCUGCAAGGAGCUCGAUGCAGAUGGAGGAGAUGGAAGCCAUGGUCGACGAGAAUGUAGCUGGUGACGAUUCGGCCGUGAUCGAGCGCUGUCUCCAACACAUCAACGAAUUCGCCACCGAGGGACUACGAACACUUCUGUAUGGGUACCGCUACCUUACCGAGGACGAGUACCAGACUUGGAAGAAGGGCUAUCUCGAUGCUACAACCAGUCUUGUUGACCGGACGCGACUGAUUGAGGAAGCCGGCGACAUGAUCGAGCAAAAUCUGGACCUCUGUGCUGCAACCGCCAUCGAAGACAAGCUUCAGCAAGGCGUCCCAGAGGCAAUCGACAAACUACGCCGAGCUAAGAUCAAGAUGUGGAUGCUGACAGGCGACAAGCGCGAGACGGCUAUCAACAUUGGCUACUCGUGUCGCUUGAUCAAGGAAUACUCAAACGUCACCAUUCUUGACCACGAAACCGGUCAGGUUAACGAGAUGGCUGCCACAGCCGUCGCUGCUAUUACAGAAGGCACAGUAGCGCACUCUGUGGUUGUGGUGGACGGCCAGACCCUCUCGCGGAUUACAGAAGAUGAGUCACUCCAGGGCCUCUUCUACGAGCUAGCCGUGCUCGCCGACUCAGUCAUUUGCUGCCGCGCCUCACCUUCUCAGAAAGCCCUUCUCGUGCAUACCAUCCGCAAGCGUGUCAAGAAGAGCAUCACCCUCGCUAUUGGCGACGGUGCUAACGACAUCGCCAUGAUUCAAGAGGCGCACGUUGGUAUUGGUAUCACCGGCAAAGAAGGACUCCAAGCUGCACGUACUUCCGACUACUCGAUCGCACAGUUCAGGUUCCUGACCAAGCUCCUCCUUGUCCACGGUCGGUGGAACUACAUCCGCACCUGCAAGUACACCGUCGGCACGUUCUGGAAGGAAAUGCUGUUUUACCUCACGCAAGCCCUGUACCAGCGCUCUGUCGGCUACACUGGGACGUCGUUGUACGAGUCGUGGUCGCUUAGUAUGUUCAACACGCUCUUCACGUCGCUCCCUGUGAUCUUCAUGGGCGUAUUCGAGAAAGACCUUUCCGCUUCUACGCUCCUCGCCGUCCCGGAACUGUACACCAAGGGCCAGCGUAACGGCGGCUUCAACCUCAAAGUCUACCUAGGUUGGAUGUUCAUGGCUUCAGGCGAAGCCAUGGUUGUGUAUUUCUGCAUGCUGAGCCUCUUCGGCGAGGCGCUGUUCACAGAAGAUAACAGCAUCUUCUCCCUCGGCAGCAUCACCUACACAGCAGUGGUCUGGAUCAUCAGCUUGAAGAUGCAGUUCCUCGAAACCCACUCCAAAACCAUCACAAACGGCAUCGCCAUCUUCGUCUCCGUCGGCGGCUGGUUCCUCUGGAACGUCAUCCUGUCCUCGACCUAUGACCCAGGCAACAAAAUCUACUACGUGCGCGACACCUUCCUGCGCGGCUUUGGCGCCAGCCUGACGUGGUGGCUGUGUCUGAUCAUCAUCCUGCUCGCCGUCAUCGUGUUCGAGCUCGCCGUCAAGGCGGUGCUGGCGGCCUACUGGCCCUCGGACGAAGACCGCUUCCAGGUCCUCGAGAAGGACCCCGACGUCAAGCGCCGGUUCGAGGAGGCGGCGGCGGACGAGCUGCAGCAUGGCUGGGACCGCAAGACGAACAAGCACCGCGAUGAGGAGGAGCGUGUGCGCGAGGCGGUGGUGGGGAUGAAGCGCUCCGAGGAGCUGCGCAGGGAGAACGAGGUCAAGAUGUUGCUGGAGAGCAGAGUGGAGCUUCUGGACGGGGCUGGGGGGAGCGGCGAGCUCGCGCCCUCGGCGCCGGUAGACGUGGAUACCACGCUGAGCAAGGGGUACGGGGCGGUGAAGAGGAGUUAAGGGGCGUUGCACCGCGAAUCUGCUGUUUUCCGCGUCGUUCAUCAAGCGUUGCGUUCCGCGCGCCGAUACCGUUCAUGUACAUUCACUGCGCCAGUAUAGUCGCGCUUCUCCUACUCGCUCUCACACGCUCACUCCACCAUCCCACAUCCCCGCCCGCACUCACCGUGACAUCCCCGCUGCUUAUCAACCGCUCCACACUCCACACUCCUCACCCCUGACCACAGAGCCCUCUCAGACCACCCGUUUCCAACAGUCCAAGGGCUUCACACACCCCGUCCGCCGCCGCUCCCCCGCGUGCCCCGCGCCGAAGAACGACCACAACCCCGGCGUCUAUCAUGGUAAACCCAACACAACUCGAUCCAACCCUACGACCACGCACCCAAGGCUCCUACGUCACUAUACCACACCACACCACACCGCACCAUUCGGCGCCACGCCAGACCGUCACACCCCGCCACGCCCCUCCCGCUGAAACAUCACCC